AUGACCAAGGACUCGCCCAACCCUGCGGACGGCGGCCGCGCAGCCUCCCAGAAGCCGGCGACUCCGGGCCCGGCGGCGGCGGCGGCGCUGGAGGAGCAGCGGCGGGAGCUGGAGAAGCUGCGGGCGGAGCUGGAGGCGGAGCGGGCGCGCGGGCGGGCGGAGCGGCGGCGCUUCUCGGCCGGGGCGCGGCAGCUGCGAGAGGAGGCGGAGCGAGAGCGGCAGCAGCUGGCGGACCACCUGCGCUCCCAGUGGGAGGCGCAGCGAAGCCGGGAGCUGCGGCAGCUGCGGGAGGACGUGCUGCGGGAGCGCGAGGCCGAGAUCCGGCAGCUGCUUCGCUGGAAGGAGGCCGAGAUGCGGCAGCUGCAGCAGGUGCUGCGCCGGGAGCGCGACGGCGUGGCGCGCCAGGCCCGGGAGCUGCAGCGCCAGCUGGCCGAGGAGCUGCUUAGCCGCGGCUACGGCGGCGGCCGCGCGGGGCCGCCCGAGGACGCGGGCGCGCGGUGCCGGUGCCGCCUGCAGGAGGUCCUGGCGCAGCUGCGGUGGGAGACGCACGGCGAGCAGGCCUCGCGCAUCCGCCACCUGCAGGCCGCGCUCGACGUGGAGCGCCGGCUGUUUCUCAAGUACAUCCUGGAGCACUUUCACUGGCACCCCGCCCUGCCCAGCGCCCCCGACGGCCCUCUUCCAUUGGGAGAGCCGCCCCGCGAGGCCGUCACCAAGGCCGCACGUGGACUCGGAGCCCCGGACAGCCUGAGCGCGGGCGUCCGCGCGCGCUCCCGCUCCCUCGAUCGGGUUCCCGCGGCGCGCGCCCGCUCCCCCGACAGCCUGCUCCCGGCGCGCGCCAGCUCGCUCGACUCCCUGGCGCCUGCGGGUCCCCGCCCCUCGCUUGACGGCUGCCCGAGUCACCCCAGGGCCCCCGAGACGUCCUUGCCAGACGCUUCCCUCUCGGGCUCCCUGAGCCCCCUGCCGCCGCCGCCGCCACCAUCGGAGUGCCAGACACCUAGCGACCUGCGCGAGGGGGAAGAGGCGAGGAGCCGGCCCCGCGAAGCCCCGAGCCCCCCACCGCCGGGCCCGGACCAUCGCGAGCUGCUGAGGCGGAACUCGGAGCUGUCCGAGGAGCUGCAGGAGCUGGCGCGCCGCUGCUCCAGCCUCCGCGAGGAGAACCUACGGCUGCGGCGCUUGGGCCUCCCCGACGAGGCGGACGAGAAGGCAAAGCGGCUCAAGGGGAAGCGCGCCGAGCUGACCGGUCUCGCGCGGCGCCUGGAGGACCGGGCCCGCAAGCUGCAGGAGGCCAACCUGCGGGCCGUGAGCGCGCCGGUGCCCGGAGAGAGCCGCGCGGGCCUGGAGCUUUGCCAGGCCUUGGCCCGCCAGCGCGCGCGGGACCUGUCCGAGCAGGCGAGCGCGCUUCUGGCCAAGGACAAGCAGAUCGAAGAACUGAGGCAAGAGUGCCACCUGCUGCAGGCGCGCGUUGCCUCGGGCCUCGGCCCGCUACCCGGAGAGGGCGCCGCCAGCGCCCAGUGGCUCAGCAUCGGCGAUCUGGACCGGCUGCAGCGCGAGUCCCAGCGGGAGGUGCUGCGCCUGCAAUGGCAGUUGACGCUGCAGCAGGCCGCCGGCGGCGCCCGCGCGGAGGCGGGAGGCCGGAGCGCACCCGGCGAGGCGGCGAGGCGCCAAGUGCGGGCGCUGGAGCGCGAGCUGAGCGCGCGGCGGCAGGAGUGCGAGGAGCUGGGCGCGCAGGCGGCGGCGGCGCAGCGGCGGGGCCAGGAGGCCGAGGCGCAACUGCAGGUGGCGCUCCGCGAGGGCGCCUGGCUGGCCAAGGAGAACGCGCGGCUGCAGGCCCAGGCAGACUGGACGCGGAAGGUCGCGGCGGAGAACGAGGACGUGCGCGGGCAGCUGGGCCGCGCGUGCCAGCAGCGCGACGCGGCUGGCUUGCUGGCCGAGCAGCUGCUGCAGCAGGUGGCGCAGAGGCAGGACUGGCAGCAGCAGCUGCAGCUCGACCUGCAGAAGGUCCUGCGUGACCUCCAGGCUGCCCGGGACGAGAUGUGGACGCUGCAGCGUCAGCCUGGCCACCCACCCCAGCACGACCCAGGGGUGCCUGCGAACCCGGCGUCCCCUCCGCCCCUCAGAGACAAACCGGGGAGGAAGGAAGACCUCCUGCUGGAAAACCCGGCUGCCCCUGGGGAGCCAGCCCGGGCCCCCCAGGCUCCAGACUCCAGCGGCCAGCCUCUGGACUCCAGGCCCCAGCCCCAGAGAACCGGCUCCCUGUCGAAUUCCUCCUCGGAGGUGGAGUCCGCCUGGGCCACAGUGCCCUCCUGCCCUACUCCGGAUGCCGACACAGCCAGCGAGGCUGAGGACCUGGAGCCGGACAGCCUGCCCUCGACCCUGGAGGCGGGGGGCUUGGAGGUCUCCGUGGCCACCCCCAAGCUCAAAAUCUUCCUGGCUCGGUACGGCUACAACCCAUUUGAGGGGCCCAACGAGCACCCUGAGAGUGAGCUGCCGCUCACACCUGGGGCCCACGUGUACGUCUUCGGCGACAUGGACGAGGACGGCUUCUAUGAAGGGGAGCUUGAGGACGGCCGGCGGGGGCUGGUGCCUUCCAACCUGGUGGAGCAGAUCCCCGACGGCGACAUUCAGGGCUGCCUGCCCAGUGAGUCCCCGGACCGAGGCCCCACUCGGCUCCCGGCGGCUGGGCAGGGCCAAGCUUGGAAGGAUGACCCCAGUCCCGGCUUCUUACCUGGGCAAGCCCAGACGGCGGUGAACAGAGAGCCAUGCCCAGUGGCGAGGGUGGGCUCUAGGAUGGAAGUGGCAACAGAGGUCUCAGACACCAAGACGGAAGCCAGCCGGUUGGGCUCCCAGGAGAGCAGGGACAGGCGGGGGUCCUCCAACUCUCCUCCGGGGACCAUCGGGAUCCCUCAUACGGCCUCCGUGCACCUCCACCUGCUGAGUGUCGCAGCCACGUCGGCUGAGGUCGCCUGGGUGGGUGGCAGCCACCCUCACACGGUGUACCUGGACGACCGGGAGCAUGCCCUGACCCCCAUGGGCGUGAAUGGCUACACCUUCCACCACUUGCAGCCUGGCACGAGGUACCAGGCCCGGGUAGAGGUGCGCCCCCCCUGCAACUCGCUGCAGGCCUGCCAAGAGGAGGUGUCCUCCACCGUCACCUUCGAGACACCCUUGGCGGGGCCCCCCCACCCUCCGCUGGACGUGCUGGUGGAGUGCCACGCCUCGCCGGGCCUCCUGGUGGUCAGCUGGCUCCCCGUGACCAUCGACUCAGCUGGGUCCUCCAACGGAGUCCCGGUCACCGGGUACGCCGUAUACGCUGACGGGCUCAAGGUGGCGGAAGUGGCCGAGGCCACCGCGGGGAGCACGCUACUGGAACUCUUCCAGCUCCCACGGCCCAUGACAUGCCAGAAGAUCUCAGUGAGAACCAUGUCGCUCUGCGGCGAGUCCCUGGAUUCCGUGCCCGCCCAGAUCCCUCACGAUUGCUUCACGUGUCUCCACUGGCCAGAGAUGUCGCCCUUCAGCUACACCUGGGAACACCCGUCUGCUGUCAGCGGGAGCUACCCCAUCUGCCCUUGGAGGCUGGGUCCGGCACCCCUGAGUGCCAAGGCCCGCCCUCAUGCCCCCCGAAGCUGCGGGGAGACCCGGGCCAAGUGUCGCAAAGCAUUCCCUGAAGAACUCCCAAGGAGGUGGUCCCCGGAGACCAGACUGAUUUCAGAAGGAGAAGGUCCCAGUGCAGGCUCAGGCAGCCAAUCCCAGGGGCCCGCGGAGGCCGGGAAGCCCUCCAGAAAGGACCAGCUCUUUGAGAAGUGUCCCCGGAACCACAGGCCACCUCUGCCCCGGGGCCAGCCUGGCGGAGAAGGGACCCAGGACCGGUGGGCGCUCACCAACCCAAGCCCUGCUCCGGGAGUCCUCCGUCUGUCCCCUGAGCCUGCGCCCGGCGAUGAGCCGUGCCAGGAGAAGGUCGCCUUUGGGAAAGUCCUCAGACAAAAGGCAGACGCCGUCACGUCCAUCCCUCCCAAGCCGGGCAGCAGCCAGCGAUCCGCGUCUGACUUCAGUGGCGAUCGGCAGGAGGACGCACGGGGCGCAGAGGGGCGAGAGCGAAGAUGGGCACUCCGAGGCCUAAGCGCACGCGGUCAGGCUCUGGGGGCCGGGGCCGGGGGCUGGCUCCGGGGGCCCGGCUCGGCGCCCUGUCCUGCCCGGUCCAGCAAGGCCCUCGGGACACCCAGGGGUGCCGCCCCACCACCGGGGACAAGCGUGGGCCCUCCGGCCGGGAUCUUUGUGGCCCUCCCUGAUUACAAGCCCCUGGCUGUGUCCACCACCCCCGAGGCUGCAGGGGGCGAGCUGGCCCUCCGAAAAGGGCAGCCGGGGAGAGCAGGGGGCUCUCAGGACCCCCACGGCUUCUGUCUCGGUGAAUGCAGUGGGCCGGUGGGCAGCAUCGCCGGUCACCUGGUGGCCGAGGUGGACGCGGGCAGGGAGUGGACUGAUGGCCGUGGCAGGUGGCAUUUGCCGGGGCACCUGGAUGACUUCGGGGGGCUCGCCGGCCCUCAGGGCUCCUCUCCUCUGCCCCAGGGGAGCCCCGGAAGGCCCUCCUCCUCACUCUGGACUCCAAAGACCAUGAUGGCAGCUCUGGACUAUGACCCCAGGGACUGGCUGGCGGGGGGCCCGGUGAAGGGCCAGCUGUCACUGAGGGCAGGGGAUGUGGUCACUGUCCACGGGCCUGUGGACGACAAGGGCUUCUACUACGUGGAGUUGGGCGGCAACGGAGGCCUGGUCCCCGCCCACCUGCUGGACCACAUGUCCCUCCAGGAGUGAGUGCAGCACCCCGCCGAGGUGGUGGCUCCGGCCGCCUGUGCCCCACGUGGGCACCCACCGCCAGGCCCUCCUCGCUUCGCGUGAGGCACCUGCUCCACACGCUGAUGCUCCGAACCCUCUGCCACCCGAGGCCUCAAAGGCAGCGAGGCCUAAGUCUGGAUGGAGCCGUUUCUAGAAAGAACAAGCUGCUUCCGAGAGGCUGGCGGGCUGGUGAUCGCAGGCGUCUGGGCCAUCCGGUCUGGUCCAUCCAUGUCUGGCCCUUUCUCAGCUCCAUCCUCAGGACCCAUUUCCUUUGGGAGUUUAGCUUCUCUUAGCUGUUGCCUUGUAUGAAAGUCUAAAGAAAAGCCUGCCUCUUUAAAAAAGAAAAAAGUGACCAGAAUGUUACUUUUCUAUCUUCUGUUCAAAUCCUUAUUAAAAGUGC